CAAACACAAAAACAUCUUGAACAUCGUGAAGAAUCAGGGGAAGAUGUAUUUGUUAGUGACUCCAUAGCUGACAUAAAACAUCUGUCACCUGAAUCAUGUAGCUACACAUGCAGUAAGUACUCCCAUGAAGAGAUGCUGCAUAGCCUACAUGACAUGCAAAAUAAAUCCCAGUUUUAGAAACAAGUGUUUAAAAUCCCUCUAAUUGCUUUUGCAGCAAUCGUAGCUAAUUUUGCAGUUACUUGAAAAGCUUUUAUUUUGAAAAACCAUGACAUGGCGGAAGUAAACAAUAAUCACGUUACAACCCGGAAGGAUUGCCUUUCUGUGAUUAACGUUUGAAUAGACAAGAAUGACCAAUUUAUCCUGUGAAGAAACCAUUAAACGCGAUGCUGCUAACAUCGUUCGGCCUCUGAAAGUCAUAUUUGUGUCUUAAUCUUUGGUGUUGGGGGCAGAGGCGGUCGAGUGUGAGCAGCAACGCCCUGAUGCCAGCCUCCCCGUCGGAGAAAAAUAAGCUCGCUGUGUUUACAACUCGGUGGAGAGAGGCUGUUUCCCCGCAGUGUGUCGUUAGCUAAUCGUGCGGCUGCUGUGAGUGUUUUAUAGGCGAAGAAAAAACAUGGCUGAACUGCAUGUUGUGGAACCGAGCGGUACUGGCACCAUAGAACAGCCCGAGCACCGUGAUGUGCGCGGCUCCGUGCGCCUGGCUUCGCCCACUCUCAUGGUUCCUCCGCGGAGCAGCCAGCUUAGUCCCGGCGGGGUGUCGAGCGGCGGCAGCGGAGGAGGAGGAAGGUCGGUGUUCGGGUUCCCGGUGAAGAGCAACCCCAGCUCCCCGUCCGAACCGGUGGACAAGCCGGGCUCACGCUGGGUCCGGCUUAACGUCGGUGGGACCUACUUCAUCACGACCAAACAGACACUGUGCAGGGACCCCAAAUCCUUCCUGUUCCGACUGUGUCAAGAAGACCCAGACCUGGACUCUGACAAAGACGAGACGGGAGCCUACCUGAUCGACAGGGACCCCACAUACUUCGGCCCCAUCCUGAAUUACCUUCGGCACGGAAAACUGAUCAUGGAUAAAAAUCUGGCCGAGGAAGGGGUUCUCGAGGAAGCCGAGUUCUACAACAUCGCGUCACUGGUGCGGCUGGUGAAAGAGAGGAUACGGGACAACGAGAACCGGACGUCUCAGGGCCCUGUGAAGCAUGUGUAUCGAGUACUACAGUGCCAAGAGGAGGAACUCACACAGAUGGUCUCGACCAUGUCGGACGGUUGGAAGUUCGAGCAGCUUAUAAGUAUCGGCUCCUCAUAUAACUAUGGCAACGAGGAUCAGGCAGAGUUUCUAUGUGUAGUUUCCCGGGAACUCAACAACUCCACCAAUGGCAUCGUCAUCGAGCCCACCGAGAAGGCCAAGAUCCUUCAGGAGCGAGGCUCACGGAUGUGAAGAGACCCAGCUCCUCAGCUAAAUAUCAUUUUAUCAACAAAAACAAAACAACAACAUGAAC